UGUAAACAAUAGUAAACAACAAACAUGGCGGGACUGGAGGCGAGUAAAGGGGGUUUCACAAAUCUUAAAAUUGAAGUCCCUAAUGAUCUCCAAGUCGAAGAGGGUGAGUUGUCAGAUGAAGCAGGAGACACGCGAAUGGAAGAGGAUGAAUUAGAGGAAGGAGAAGCGUCUGAGGACGAAGUUGAAGUGAAUGUAAUUAUCGGGGAAGAUGACGCCGGCAGGCAAGGUCGAGCUGCUAAGGAAUCGUUCCAGCUCCAGUAUGAUGAUGAUGAUGGUUUGAAACGGGUACGCAGAUUGGGUGUCACAGACCCUCCAAACCUUCACUUUCUUGGCCAUGAUUCUAAACAAGGCUACCCGGAGAAAAAAUAUGAAAACAGAAGUGGUGGUGGCUUUGUGUCUGGAAUUUAUGAGGUGAGCAGCAAUGUUUUGUCUGAGAGGGCUCGGAGAUUUGGAGUUACAGAUGCACCAAAGUCUGCUCCCACGCCUGAGGCUAUUGCAAAGCUGUAUAAAAGUCUGGAUGUGACGGAUGAAGACUUCACUCGAGGUCGUUAUCGUCUAGAUGCCCUCUAUAUGCGAGGCACGGAAGAACUUAGUACCAAAGAUAUCUUUGAAUACUUCCAGGCCUAUGCUCCUUCCAACAUUGAGUGGAUUAGUGAUAACAGCUGUAAUGUGGUUUGGCUAGAUGCUGCUGGUCCAGUUCGUGCACUGAUAGGCCUGUCCUGUCCCAUUCUACCCCGAGAAGCAGAUCUAAAAAAAAAUAGACAUACUUUAAGAAGCAAAAAUGGCCGAAAGACAAAAGAUACAAGUGGUAAUAAGAAGGAUGAUGGAGGAACACCUAAGAUUAAAAUAAAAAAAGAAAAGAAAGACUCAUCACAAAGGAAGAAAAACAGCAAUAAAGAUGGACACAGUAGUAGCAGUUCAAGUAGCAGUAGCAGCAGUAGUGGGAGUGAGGAUGAGAGCUCAUCAUCUGACUCAUCAAGUGGCAGUAGUAGUGACAAUAGCAGUGAAAGUAGCAGCAAUAGUAGUAGUAGUAGUGAUAGUAAUGCAUCUGACAUUGAGACUGAAGAUGGUAAAGAAAAGACAAAAAAGAAGAAAAAAGUGAAAGUAAAAGUUGAAAAGAUGGAUGAAGAUCCAGUGGCAUCAGUCCCAAUAGUGGAGGAAGAGGGAAGUGUUCGUGCUGAAGAUGUAGCCAUCCCAGUACCCCCAGGACGAUGGAGAUUGGGAGUUCCGUGUUCUCGUACUAAAGCAAUACUUUUACGUUUCUCCGGUCGUAAGGAUAGAAAACCAGAUGGUGCGGAAAGAAAAUCACAAUAUUAUCGCAAGUAUGGGAAUCCUAACUUUGGAGGUAUUAAAGGAUUCCUCAGUGAAAGUGGAAGAAAACGAAUGCGAGAGGCACAGAGAAGGAGAGAAGUUGAAGAAGGUCAGAGAUGGGGUAGAGAUGAUAAAAAUAUUGAGGAAGGACCCAAGAAUCCUUGGGGAGCACUUGCUUCAAACUGGGGGCAUAAAGAAAGUCAAGAAGAUGACAGAUUUGACUAUCAAGCGCUCCUCCGACAACACCAGAAAAGAGCGCCUGGUAUGAAGAGAAAGAGAGCUGGAAGUGAUUAUGAGGAUGAAGAUAUGAUGGACGAUGAAGAGGACUUUGAUGAUUUUGGGGAUGGAAGUAAUGAUGACCACUAUAGUAAAAAUCAGGGAAGUGAUGACAGUGAUGAUAUUGUGCCAUGGAAGAGCAAAAUUAAGAUUCCAAGAAUGAAGAUGUAUGCAGAUGCUGAACAGAAGAAAAAGAAACGAAAGAAAUCUGACGACCUGUGGCAUCGUCUAUCUGGUGGAGGAUUCCGAACUACUGGUGGGGUUCAGGACAGAUUAUCAGAUAUGCGUACCCCAAAGGGCCGCAGUAUCAAGAGUAGGCUAGAUCUACGUACAAAGCUGUCAAGCAAAAGAAAAAUAGGCCCCAUGUCAGUUGAGGUAGACAAUGCUCAUUAUUAUAGUCUAAUUGCCAGUGAUGAUGACUAGAGUCUCAUUUUUUAUUAGAUCAAAAAGUUUCAGAAAGUUUAAGGAAUAUGUUUCAUAGUAUAUUUGGUGUAAAUAUGCUUUACUAAGCAGUCCCAUAUUGUACUGCUUCCAUUUUCUUUCUUUCUUUCUUUCUUUCUUUCUUUCUUUCUUUCUUUCUUUCUUUGCCCUACCAGAUAUUACAAAAAAAAAAGGAUCCUUCUGAUUUCAUUAAUGUUUAUAUGUUUUUAAGAAGCCUUUCAUGGUGAGGACCAUACUGUAAACUUGACCUGUUCACCAUGACAUAUAUUGCUCUUCAUGCCUUCUCAUAGGGUUCAUAAUUAUAAAGAAAAUUUGGAGUUGCAUGGAGAAUUUUCAAAGAUAAAUGUGGUUAUAAAAAUAUGCUUGGUAAUUGAGCAAUAAAAACAAGAGAAUAUUGUGCCAAAUAAUAUAAAGAACUAAAAAUGGCUGGAUCAGAUGAAUGUUUUUUAACCUCCUGAUGUAAGAGAAAAAUUAAGUUUAUCAUCAGCAAUUAAAUAUCAUCAGCUUAUGAUUAUUAAUCCAAUUGUAACAAUGUUGAAAUGUUAAACCUGGGGCAUGUACCCAAUGAAUAGUUUGGAUUUUAAACUGGGAUUAAGAGCAUCAGGAAUGACUGGCAGGCAUCUUUAUUACUGUAUGUAUUUACAUAGCUAACUUAAGUUAUAAUUACUUUGUAGGUUUAUUUAUAUGACAGUUGGUAUUACUAUUUCACAAAGUGAAGUGACUGGUAGGUAAUCCUUUAAUGUAUUAUUAAAUACAGUAGCUAACGUAGGGUAAUAACCUAAUAAAUAUAUUUAUGUGAUACUUGGUAUAAAUUCACAAAGUGAAAUCACCAUUUUUAAUGUGCAUUUUUGUAUAUAUUACAUACAAAUUAUGCUGUAUAGAAUGGAUGGGUUAUCCCAAAGUUCUUUUGUUAAAGUGACAUUCUUGUUGUAAUGUGUGUAAACCACAUCACAGGUCUCAAAGUGACUGAGGAGGAUGGGACAGAUGAAGUGAGAAAUAGAUGUAAGGGAAACAACUGUUAUAUUCUGUAGCAGAUGAAGUUGACCAGAAUCUGGUUUCAUUGUUAAUUCUUUCAGACUACUUUUUAAGAGAUAUUUUAAUGAGACAUGCAGGUAAGCUUAUAUUCUUUAGUCAUUGCACUAUGGUUAAUUAAUAAACCAACUGUUGUACACGUUCUUAUUUCUUAUAGACCCAUCAGAAAAUAUUGUAUACAGUAGAUUUAAUCUUACGCCACAAAAAUAAUAUAUGUUUAUUCAA